UCCCCGCACCCCCAACCGCCUAGUAGGGGAAUAAAUCGGGUCUACGAGUCGUCUUCGUCUGAACUGAAACACGAGCAGAAGAAGAGCGCCAUGGAGAAGAUUGGCAAGAGAUUUCAUCAGAAAGUCGCCAUUGUUACGGCCUCCACUCAGGGCAUCGGAUUCAGCAUCGCCCGCCGCCUUGGCUUGGAAGGUGCCUCGGUUGUCAUCUCGUCUCGCAAACAGAAAAAUGUCGAUGAGGCAGUGGAGAAGCUUAGGGCAAGCCGAAUUGAGGUGUUGGGAGUGGUUUGCCACGUGUCAAAUUCACAACAAAGGAAAAAUCUCAUAGAAAAAACCGUUCAGGUAAAAAUAUGGAAGAUAGACGUUAUUGUGUCCAACGCUGCUGUUAAUCCAUCUGCUGAUGCCAUUUUGGAAACCAAAGAAUCUGUCCUUGACAAGCUAUGGGAAAUUAAUGUUAAAGCUUCUAUACUUCUUCUGCAGGAUGCAGCUCCUCACUUGCAGAAGGGUUCAUCAGUUGUUCUCAUCUCCUCUAUCGCUGGCUACCAACCGGAGGCUGCCCUGGCUAUGUAUGGGGUGACCAAAACAGCUCUUCUUGGGCUCACCAAGGCCCUUGCAUCCCAGAUGGCGCCUGAUACUCGGGUAAACUGUGUUGCUCCUGGUUUUGUACCAACCCACUUUGCCGAGUUCUUAACAAAGAAUGAAGUUAUCAGGAAGGGCAUUGAAGAGAAGAGCUUACUUAAUAGACUUGGAACUACAGAAGAGAUAGCUGCGGCUACUGCGUUUAUGGCUUCUGAUGAUGCUUCAUACGUAACUGGAGAAACUCUGGUUGUUGCUGGAGGAGUCCCUUCUAGACUUUAAUUAUCUCAACAUCAGUGGCCUUCCCAUAUAUACAACAAUAAAAUCACAAAGGAAUUCUUUUACAAUAAUUAAUAUUUAUUAUAUCCCUGAAUGAUGACUGCUAAGAGUUUGAGAGAACUGGUUGAACCUUUAUGUUCCUAUUGUUUGUGACAAAAAAUUGAUGGUAUUGUGCCUGA